CGAUGUCGGUCGCGGGCCGCUCGCAGCCGCUGCGCCGUGGCCUCCAAGCUCCACCUCUCCACGAUCAGGUCAAGUCAUCAGGCUAACAAGCAAGGACAUUUUGUAUCUCCUCUAUGCAGUGCGCUCUUAUUUUUUAGUGAUUAAUUUGAUUUGUCACAAGUAAACUCCUAUAAUUGAAAACAUAUGUUAUGAUUAUUUAGAUUACAUGACUCUUGGUUAGGGUUGCGACACAAGAGUAAAAUUAAAAAUAAUCCUUCUGAAUAUCUAUCUCAUUACUAAUGCAAAUUACAUAAAAUGUGCUGAUACAGUGCUAUUCUUUUUUUUUUAUUUUUUUAACUUGACUGCUUUGCUACAAAUAGUGCGUGUUUAACUUUAUUAUGUUAUUCAUAUGUGAUACUGUGAUAGUAGUGCACCUCCAUAUUUCUCUCCUAGCUUCGCCACUGCGCAAAGCCUCACCCAAAAAUGGAAAUUUCUAUGCUUGUUCCUCCCCUAGCAUGCAUAUGCACACCAUAUUCGAAACAACAUAUUAGGGGCCCUCACUGCAUCAAUCCUUGUUGCCCUCGAGCUCUACUGGCUCCCCUGCUUCGUUCGCCGCCCAAAGCUCUAUGGGCCCAUACUGCCUAGACCCACAUGGUUGCGCUACCACGAGCUCAUCAAUCAUGACACGUAGAUCUAGACUGCUCCAAACUCCGCCACCCACACUGCCUAGAUCCAAGGACAAAACCUCUGCUGGCCCUCGACACGUAGAUCCAUGAUGCUUAGUGCUGCUGUUUGUAGCUCGAGGCUAUGAUCCAACGAGCUUGUCAGCAAGAAUCGUUGCCUCCUCGUGAAGCUUGGGAAGCCACAAAUGUUGCCAUCUCCUCACAAAGCUUAUGCCUUCGAGCCCAUCGCCUUGUGAGCCACACCAACCCACCUUGCUCUCAUAUGUGCUACCUGCUUGAUCUAGUCGAUGGGGUAGGAGGCCUCGGGUGGGUGAUAGUGGCCAAAGAAGGGGAGAUGGUAGUGGUCAACGGCGUCGGGUGGAGCAUGUCACCAUGGCGGGACAAUUCGACAUGAGGGAUAGAGAGCGAUCGGAGGGAGGGUGUUGACGUCAAAAUCUGGCGCUAACAGAUGGACAGGGAGAAAUAUAAGAGAAGCGCGCCCGCGGAAGGGCUUCCAGUUCCAGACUCCAGAGCAGCAAGCCGGCACAGUCGCCGCCGCCGGAGACGAUGGAGACUGCGGCCCCAUGGAAAGUCCUCGAGUUCUACAGCGGCAUCGGCGGGAUGAGGUACUCGCUGGCGGCGUCGGGCGUGCGGGCCGAGGUGGUGGAGGCAUUCGACAUCAACGACGUUGCCAACGAUGUCUACGAGCUCAACUUCGGUCACCGUCCGUGCCAGGGAAACAUUCAAACACUCACUGCUAGGGAUCUAGACAAGUAUAAGGCACAUGCAUGGCUUCUUUCUCCUCCAUGUCAACCAUACACACGGCAAGGACUUCAGAAGCAUUCAUCUGAUGCUCGAGCAUUAUCAUUCAUAAAGAUUCUUAACCUGAUGAAAAAUAUGAGCUUUCCUCCACAAAUGCUAUUUGUGGAAAAUGUAGUCGGAUUUGAGGUGUCUGAUACACAUGACCAGUUACUAGAGGUUCUUUCCGAUCUCAAUUUCAAUACACAAGAAUUCAUCCUAAGCCCAUUACAGUUUGGUAUCCCAUAUUCUAGACCUCGUUAUUUUUGUCUGGCGAAACAAGAACCUAUGAGUUUUCAAAAUCCAUCAGACAACAGCAAGCUGCUUCGGACACCCACAUUCUUGACAUUGGUAAGGGAUGGUCACAAUAGGUAUAACCAGAAUGAAGAUGAGAUGGAACUAGUGUGCAAACCAAUAAAUGACUUUCUUGAAACAAGAAACCUGAAUAUCGACGGGAAGGAUUUUUCAGGCACCAUUUCUAACUUUAAUGGGUCUGAUGGAUGCACUCCAAGCGAAACUGUUUUUCAAGAUUAUGUAGUCCCACUAAACUUGAUUGAGCGGUGGGGGAGUGCUAUGGAUAUUGUAUACCCUGAAUCAAGGCGAUGCUGUUGUUUUACCAAAAGUUAUUAUCGCUAUGUGAAAGGGACAGGUUCUUUAUUAGCUACGUCCAAUAACCUCAAACAAGUUUCCAAAGAGAACCUUGAAAUUUCUUUGCUGAAAGAGAUGGGCUUACGAUUUUUCACCCCUCGCGAGGUUGCUAAUUUGCAUUCUUUUCCAUCAAGUUUCCACUUUCCGGAUCAGAUAAGCCUUAGGCAACAGUAUGCUAUGCUCGGUAAUAGCCUGAGUGUAGCAGUUGUGGGGCCUUUGCUGCGUUAUCUGUUUGGCGAAACAUAGUGGCGCUCAACCAGUUGGCAAAUGAUGGUACACAGAAAAACACAUUGACCGGUUGUUGCCUGUGCUACUCCCUCUAAAGCCGGGAUGGUUCUUGGGUAUGAUCCAUCUACUCUCCGAAACUAAUGGCUGUGGUGCAAACUUGCAACCAUCCCAAUUGCGAAUUGGAGUGAAUUUCCCGCAGCGGUGCAAGUUCAACUUCAUAGGGCUAGAGUAGUUAAGGUCGAUUGAUUGGCGGGGGAAUCAUGAAAGGGACAGCGCAAGCACGAUGGUCCAGCAUGUAUCAGUGAAACUCCGACGCAGAUCUGAGCAGUGUAGAUAAGCUUCUUCCACACUGUCCCCUUUGCCCUUGGCAUAAGUUGUAGUAACGUUGAAUGUUGAGGUAUCACAGCAUUUGACUGAUAUCAUGCGGAUUGUUGAUUUGGAUCCGACCUUCAUGAGUUCACCUUUCGACUGUCAAAAAUCGAUUUGCUUAAUCUUUCUGCAAAGAGG